UGUGUUGUUUGUGCUCAGGGUUGAGAACUCGUCAGAACAGGUUUUCUUUCCUGUUAGGUCAGUGUCACUAAUUCUCCUGUGUGAAUGUUAGACACACUUUGCCUUUCCACUGUAAUGAGGACAUGGGAGGAGGGGUGGAAUUAGACAAGGAAGAUAAAAGAUUUUAUUUAAACCAUGGUAAAAGAAAAAAAAACUUAAAUAUCUGUAAUUACAGGUCUAUUAUAGGCGUUUUUCUAUUGUUCAAUGCCUCUGUCGAAGGGUUAAAAUUCCUUUUUAACCACUUGGGGGAGGGGAAAACACAAGGUUGAAACAGAUGUGUUCACAGUAGUUCAGAAUUUGUGAUCAUUUUCUCAGCAUCAACACUGACCUGGUAUCAACCGACAUCCUGACGCUGGAUUUGUUGGAUUUCUGGUUAAAGUACAACAUCGGCGGGAAAAGACAUGAGGGUGAAGACUUUCACGAGAGCACAGAUUCUGCAGGAGUUUCAUCUCCGCUGCCAGACACUCGCUGCUUACGAAAACAGAGGCUUUAGAAAGGAGUUUGAGGAGCUAAAUGACGUUGGCAAAGAGCUCCCGGCCAGAGCGGCAGAGUCAGAGGUCAACAGAGAAAAGAACAGAUAUCCCUACAUUUUACCAUACGACCACUGUCGCGUGAGGCUGUCCGUUCAAAACUCCAUUCCACACACGGACUACAUCAAUGCAAACUUUGUGCCUGGUGGAGGGUCAGAGCGAGACUUCAUCUGCACACAGGGACCUCUGCCCAACACCAUGGCAGACUUCUGGAGGAUGGUGUGGGAGCAAAACGUCCAGAUAAUCGUCAUGGUGACAGCUCUGAAACACAAGGACAUUGUGCUGUGCGAUAGGUACUGGCCUGUGGAACGAGGGACAGUUUAUCACGGACUGAUCCAAGUGACAACAGUGACCUGCAGGAAAGGUCCAGAUUAUUUUAUCACCACCAUUAACCUCAGACAGAGAGACUGUCCAACAGACCGCGUAAUCACACACUACUACUACUACUCCUGGCCAGACCGUAGCAUCCCUAAAGAGUCGUCGUCUCUGUGUGCCUUCACUGACUACGUGAGAGAGCAUUUGGAGGCCAUCCCUCGCCUGGGCCCGACUGUGGUCCACUGCAGUGCAGGUGUUGGGCGCUCGGGGACGUUUGUGACUCUGCUGUGGCUGAUGCAGCUGUGCGCUCGUGGCAUCCCGCCUGACAUCCGCGCCGCUGUGGAAGAUCUGCGCCUACAUCGGAUGUGGAUGGUCCAGAAUCUGGAGCAGUACAUCUUCGUGUAUCAGUGUCUGCUGAAGUGGCUCGGCGGAGUAACAGGAAGGAGCUCGGCAGGCGGCCCACAGAUUCAGGGAGCCGGUUCGAAAAUUAACCCCCACAAUCCGGAUCAACCCCAUGGCUCCUCAGGACGUGGAGAGCGAACAGGGAGGAGGAGACAUCACCGUCAUGGACAGAAAUCUCCCCCAGAGCCGCCACAGAACACAAUACAGCAGAUGUUACACCCGGGAAACCUGCUGAGGAGGUUGCUGCCCUCGUCAUCGCUGUUAAAUCCAGGCUCUAACGCCCCCUGAACUCAUAUGGCAUUAAGCUGAUAUAACAAA